AUAAAAAUAAUAUUAUUAAAUAAUAAUAUGUUAAUCAUAUUACGAAAAUAAAUUAAAUUACUAAUUUAGUUUUAUUUUUAUAUAUUCAUAUUUCAUAUUGAAAAUAUGAAUAUUGAAAUAUUGAUUUGAAUGAUUGAUCAAUUUGUUUUGUCGGCCAAUUUUUAUUUACACAUGUGACUCGUAUGAUCAUGAUUUUUGAAACGGAAAUCAAAGUCUCUUGGCUUUUUCUCAUGAACAGAUUUAGAAAUAUAUUGAUUCUUAAAAUUUUAAUAAACCACUGCUUCGUCUGGUGUCUAUAAUAUAAAUACUAAUUUUCUACCAGAUUGAAAAUUUUUGAUGUUAAAAUCUGGAAUUUAUAGAUCCAAUGUCACAUUCAGUAAAAAUUUAUGAUACAUGUAUAGGGUGUACUCAAUGUGUACGAGCCUGCCCCACAGACGUAUUGGAAAUGAUACCUUGGGACGGAUGUAAAGCUAAGCAAAUUGCUUCCGCACCAAGAACCGAGGACUGUGUGGGUUGUAAGAGAUGUGAAUCCGCCUGCCCCACGGAUUUUUUGAGUGUCCGUGUUUAUUUAUCAUAUGAAACAACUCGCAGCAUGGGUCUAGGUUAUUGAUACGUUACAAAAAAAUCCACUUGAAUCAAUUGAUUCCUCUUUACCGACAAAAGCCCGUACUCGAGAAAAUAUAUUAUUCUAUUCCGAGCACGGGUUUUUCUGGUCAAACGUAUCUUGUCUUUAUCACGAGUUAUUUUCCUUGGUUAACAAUACUUGUUGUUUUGCCGAUAUCCGUCGGUUCUUCCAUUUUCUUUCUUCCUCAUAAAGGAAAUAAGAUGUUUAGGUGGUAUGCUAUAUGUAUAUGCUCGUUGGAACUCCUUCUAACAACCUAUGUUUUCUGUUAUCAUUUCCAAUUGGACGAUCCAUUAACCCAAUUGGAGGAAGAUUUAAAAUGGAUAGAUGUUUUUGAUUUUCACUGGAGACUGGGAAUCGAUGGGCUUUCCAUAGGACCUAUUUUACUGACAGGAUUUAUCACCACUUUAGCUACCUUAGCGGCUUGGCCAGUUACUCGAAAUUCGCGAUUGUUCUAUUUUCUCAUGUUAGCAAUGUACAGCGGUCAAAUAGGAUUAUUUUCUUCUAGAGACCUUUUACUUUUUUUCAUGCUGUGGGAGUUAGAAUUAAUUCCUGUUUAUUUACUUUUAUCCAUGUGGGGGGGAAAGAAACGUCUCUACUCGGCCACAAAGUUUAUUUUGUACACUGCGGGGGGCUCCAUUUUUCUCUUAAUAGGAGUUCUAGGUAUGGGUUUAUAUGGCCCUAAUGAACCCACAUUAGAUUUUUCAAAAUUAACUAAUCAAUCAUAUCCUGUGGCAUUGGAAAUAAUAUUAUAUUUUGGAUUCCUUAUUGCUUAUGCUGUCAAAUCGCCGAUUAUACCCCUACAUACGUGGUUACCAGAUACCCAUGGAGAAGCACAUUACAGUACAUGUAUGCUUCUAGCUGGAAUCUUAUUAAAAAUGGGCGCAUAUGGACUUAUUCGGAUCAAUAUGGAAUUAUUACCCCACGCUCAUUCUAUAUUUUCUCCCUGGUUGGUAAUAGUGGGAACGAUUCAAAUAAUCUAUGCAGCUUCAACCUCUCUCGGUCAACGGAAUUUAAAAAAAAGAAUAGCCUAUUCCUCUGUAUCUCACAUGGGUUUCACAAUUAUAGGAAUUGGUUCUAUAACCGGAAUGGGACUCAACGGUGCCAUUUUACAAAUACUCUCUCAUGGAUUUAUUGGUGCUGCGCUUUUUUUCUUGGCAGGAACGAGUUGUGAUAGAAUACGUCUUGUUUAUCUCGACGAAAUGGGGGGGGUAUCGAUCCCAAUGCCAAAACUAUUUACCAUGUUCAGUAGUUUUUCGAUGGCUUCUCUUGCAUUGCCAGGAAUGAGUGGUUUUGUUGCGGAAUUAUUAGUAUUUUUUGGAAUAAUUACUAGUCCAAAAUACCUUUUAAUGCCAAAAAUGCUAAUUACUUUUGUAAUGGCAAUUGGAAUGAUAUUAACUCCUAUUUAUUUAUUAUCUAUGUUACGUCAGAUGUUCUAUGGAUACAAGCUAUUCAAUGUUCCAAACUCUAAUUUUGCGGAUUCUGGACCACGAGAACUAUUUGUUUCAAUCUGUAUCUUUCUACCCGUAAUAGGUAUUGGUAUUUAUCCGGAUUUCGUUCUCUCGCUAUCAGUUGACAGGGUGCAAGCUAUCCUAUCUAAUUACUUUCAUCGAUAGUCUUUCAUUAAUAAUACGGAAAUAUAAUUUUUGUCUUUGAUUUUAAGAUUUUUAAAAUCGUUCGCUGUACAAUGCAAAAGAAUAAAGUGAAUUAGAAUUGUAAUGAGAUGCAUUUUGAGUUUUUGAGAACCGUUUUGAAUAAGGAAUGAUUCAAACGGUUCUCAAAAACUCGCACAAACAAGAAGCUUUUUAUAUAUAUAUGGGAUGAUGUUCUUAUGUAUUCUUUAUGUAGUUUAUUCAAUUAUUUAUCUGUGUAGUUUAUUCAAGUAGAUGUUAAUGUGAAUGAACCAUAACUAUGUAGACCUAUUCCUAAUAGAUUGAUUCCAAAAUAACAUACCCAAAUUAUAAGAAAUCCUAUAGAAGCCACAAGUGCCGAAUUCAUACUUUGCAAACUUUGAUUUGUUCUACUUCUAAUAUGUAUUCUAGUUCUAGUAUGUAAAUAAAUCGCGAAUAUGGUCCAAGUAAUAAAAGCCCAAGUUUCUUUGGGGUCCCAAUUCCAAUAAGAUCCCCAUGCCUCAUUAGCCCAUACUGCUCCACAAAGAAUGCCUAUGGUUAAAAAGGUAAAUCCUAAACUAAUGACACGAUAACUCCAAUAAUCCAAACGUUGAGUCAAUUGAUAUUUAUAAUAAUUUCGAAAUGAAAGAAAAGAAGUGUUUUUAAAAACACUUCUUUUUUCAUUCAAAUAUUGAAUCUCACCAAAGAAAAA